CAGACAGAAUAAUUUCUCGAGCUUCAGCGCAUCGCCCAUGAAAUACACACUUUUUUUAGCGAAUUCGGAGCCGUCCAGUUAAUGGAUGUUAUCUCUGUUCCCACUUUCUUCUCUCCAAAAGCCCUAGGAACUAAACCCCAUAAAUCUCCCCCUUCGUUUCGCCGCUCUUCCCGACGGCCUCUGCCGCCGAAGACUCCAUCUCCUCCCAGGCUACCUGCCGCCGUUCGCCGACCAAAAGUUUCUAGCAAUCCCCUAAGCAGUUCCUCAAAUGCACAAAACUCUCCACCUUCUAAUCCUUUAGACAGCAAGCUCUGGCUGUCCAGCAAGAUUUGUCCUUCUCCUUCUACUGCUUCCCCUCCAGUCAAUGAUAACCCAGAGACCAGUCAUUAUGGUGGUGACGCCGUGGAGCUUUGCAGCACGGAUUAUCGUCAGAAAGGGAAGAUCUUUUUGGGUAAUCUUCCAUUGUGGAUUAAGAAGAACGAGAUUGCCGAGUUCUUCAGGCAGUUCGGGCCGGUGAAGAAUGUCGUGCUUAUCAGAGGCCACGAGGACCCCGAGCGGAACGUAGGGUACUGCUUCCUGAUCUAUGGAGGCCCAACUGCAGAGGAGGCGGCGGGGAGGGCAGUAGAGUUCGAUGGCAUGGAGUUCCAUGGUAGAGUGCUCACUGUAAGGUUGGAUGAUGGCAGUAGGCUUAGGGCAAGGGCGGAAGAGAGGGCUAAAUGGGUGGCUGGGGAAAAGAGGGAGUUCCGGUCGAAGUGGCAUGAGGAUCGGGAUGUUGCUUGCCGGAGGUUCCGGACAGUUCUAGAUACAGAGCCGGAGAAUUGGCAGGCCGUUAUCUCCGCCUUUGAGAAGAUAUCAAAGCCUUCAAGAAGGGAGUUUGGGUUGAUGGUUAACUAUUAUGCCAGGAGAGGAGACAAGCAUCAUGCUCGUGCUACUUUUGAGAACAUGAGGGCAAGAGGAAUAGAGCCUAAUUCUUAUGUGUUUACCAACCUUGUCCACGCAUACGCGGUUGCUAGAGAUAUGCGAGGUGCCUUGUCUUGUACUGAAGAAAUGAAAAGUGAGGGUAUCGAGUUAACAUUGGUGACAUAUAGCAUCCUCAUUGGUGGUUAUGCCAAUAUCAAUGAUGCUGAAUCUGCAGAGAAAUUAUUUAUGGAGGCAAAACAGAAGCUAGCAGCACUCAAUGCUAUCAUAUAUAGCAAUAUUAUCUAUGCCAAUUGUCAGUCUGGCAACAUGUCUAGAUCUGAAGAUCUCGUGCGGGAGAUGGAGGAACAAGGAAUUGAUGCACCAAUUGAUUUAUAUCAUACUAUGAUGGACGGAUAUACAAAUGACCGGAAUGAGGACAAAUGUCUGGUUGUUUUUGAAAGACUGAAGGAAUGUGGUUUUGCACCUUCCGUUAUCAGUUAUGGGUGUCUUAUAAAUUUGUACGCGAAGAUUGGAAAGAUGUCAAAGGCUGUUGAAGUUUGCAAAAUAAUGGAGUCUUGUGGGAUUAAACAUAACAGCAAGACAUAUUCAAUGUUGAUCAAUGGCUUUAUACAAUUAGAUGAUUAUGCCAAUGCUUUCAUUAUUUUUGAGGAGAUGCUAAAAUCUGGCUUGAAGCCUGAUGCUAUUGUUUACAACAUUAUCAUCAAUGCAUUCUGCAAGAUGGGUAACAUGGAGCGGGCUAUUUGUCUUGUAGAUGAAAUGCAAAAAGAAAGGCACAAACCUUCUUCACGGACGUUCAGGCCUAUCAUUUAUGGUUUUGCAACAGCUGGAGAUACUAGAAGAGCUCUGGAUAUUUUUGAUCUAAUGAGACGACUUGGUUGCAUCCCAACAGUUGAAACUUAUAAUGUUCUUAUUCUUGGUCUGGCUCGCAAGCAUCAGAUGGAGAAGGCGGUUGGAGUAAUUGACAAAAUGAUUCUAGCUGGCAUAUCUCCAAAUGAGCAUACUUACACAACAAUCAUGGAAGGUUAUGCAGCUGAUGGUGAUACUGGCAAAGCUUUUGAAUAUUUCACUAAAAUUAAGGAUGCUGGUCUGAAACUUGAUGUAUUUACCUAUGAGUCAUUACUCAAGGCAUGCUGUAAAUCGGGCCGGAUGCAGAGUGCCUUGGCAGUAACCAGGGAAAUGAGCGCUCGAAAAAUUCCACGGAACACCUUUAUAUAUAACAUAUUGAUUGAUGGUUGGGCUCGGAGAGGGGAUGUAUGGGAAGCUGCUGACUUGAUUCAGCAAAUGAAACUUGAUGGAGUUCUGCCUGACAUACAUACAUAUACUUCUUUCAUUAAUGCAUGCUGUAGGGCAGGUGAUAUGCAGAAAGCAAUUAAGGUGAUUGAAGAAAUGGAGGCUGCUGGAGUCACAGCUAACAUUAAAACAUAUACUACACUAAUCAGAGGUUGGGCACGGGCUUCUCUUCCUGAGAAGGCUUUGAUGUGCUUUGAAGAGAUGAAAAGGAGAGGACUGAAGCCAGACAAUGCUGCUUACCAUUGCUUAAUGAGUUCACUUUUAUCGAGGGCAACGGUUUCCGAGGAGUUCGUUUACUUGGGGAUUUUGAGUGUGUGCAGAGAAAUGGUUGACCGUGAAUUGACCGUUGACAUGAGAACGGCAGUUCAUUGGUCCAAAUGCCUGUUGAAGAUUGAGAGAGCAGGUGGUGAGCUCACACAAGCAUUGCAGAAGACUUUCCCUCCUGCUUGGAGUUCAAGUAAAUUUGUUUUUACUAGUUCUGAUCAAAUAGAGAUUAUGGAAGCUGGUAACAAGAAUUAUUAUGAAAGCAAUUAUAGUGAUGAUGAUGAUGAUGACCAGUAUAAUAUUUCAUUAAGCUGAUCUAUGUAGUCAAGGUAAGUCGACCAGCUUUUUCUCCAUUUUCUUGUAAACAAAUUUUGAUUUCUUUACUAUUUAUUUAUUUAUUUAUCAUUGAAAGUCC